AUACACACAGCUGUCAGUUUUGUUUUUACUUUAAAAAAAGUUCGGCCGGCAUCUCGACGAAUACCGACUUGUAAUAAUAUAAACAUAUAUCCUUAUUAAUACGUGAUAAGUUAGAAUCCAAGUAUCAAGAUGUCUUUCGUGGGACGCACACUGAUUCGUAACGUGCCGCUGUUUGGCAGGGCCAUUCUGAGUCAGCAGAAACAGAUUGCAGCCCGUCUGCUCCAUCAGACCGCAUCCCUUGCCGCAGUCCGUGUCCAGCAACCCGCUCCCGAUUUCAAGGGUCUUGCGGUGGUGGGCAACAGCUUUCAGGAAGUGAAGCUGGAGGACUACAGGGGCAAGUACCUGGUGCUGUUCUUUUACCCACUGGAUUUCACAUUCGUUUGCCCCACGGAAAUCGUUGCAUUUAGCGAGCGCAUCAAGGAAUUCCACGACAUCAAUGCCGAGGUUUUGGGCGUGUCCGUGGACUCUCAUUUUAGCCACUUAACUUGGUGCAAUGUAGACCGCAAGAAUGGAGGAGUGGGCCAGCUGAGCUACCCGCUUCUCUCUGAUUUGACAAAGAAGAUCUCCGCCGACUAUGAUGUCCUGCUGGACAAGGAGGGCAUCUCGUUGCGCGGCACCUUUAUCAUCGAUCCCAACGGCAUACUGCGCCAGUACUCCAUCAAUGACCUGCCCGUGGGCAGAUCCGUCGACGAGGUGCUGCGCCUAAUCAAGGCCUUCCAAUUCGUCGAGCAGCACGGAGAAGUGUGCCCGGCCAACUGGAACCCCAAGUCGAACCCGGCCACCAUCAAACCCGAUGUGGAGGAGUCAAAGAAAUACUUCAGCAAGCACGGCUAGGAAAUCUUUUAAUCAUUUAUAACACACCUAAAACAUUCACUACACAGAAAAGACUCGAAGAAUAAAAGAGAAAAGGUUCGAAAA